GGCUGGGGCGGCAGGCGGGGCGACCGGGUCGCGCGACCCUCGACUCUGCAAACUUUGUGCGGGUGCCUGGGUCCCGGCGGCCUCAGGGUGUGGGGUGGGAGAGGCCGCGGCCGGGACCCUGCCCUGCUCCGUCCCCUUCCUCUGACCCUUUGCCGGCCGCCUCCGGGAUCCCCCUCCCCGCCGUCAGCAUCCCUCUGCGCUGAGCCCCGGGAGCCCCGGCGGCGUGUAGCUUGGAUUGAAACUACUUGACUUUGAGCGACGCCAAGUAUUCAACUUGAGUGUUUCUCUGCGGUGAUCUGAUUUAUCCACUGUAACCAGCAUUGCCCACCUAAGACCUUCUGGAUCCAGAUCAAGGGUUCCUGUUCACUGGACUCCUUAGCACAAAGGAGACUACACUUUUGAGUUCACUGGUGGAAGACGCCCUGACUCUCUGGUUUUGCCCUCGAUGAUGCAAGUGUGACUGCUGGCAUCUUCAUGAGCUCCAGAGGUCACAGCACACUCCCACGGACUCUCAUGGCUCCUCGGAUGAUUUCCGAGGGAGACAUAGGAGGCAUUGCUCAGAUCACCUCCUCUCUCUUCUUGGGCAGAGGCAGUGUGGCCUCCAACCGGCACCUCCUCCAGGCCCGAGGCAUCACCUGCAUCGUUAAUGCUACCAUUGAGAUCCCCAAUUUCAACUGGCCCCAAUUUGAAUAUGUUAAAGUGCCUCUGGCUGACAUUCCUCAUGCCCCCAUCAGACUGUACUUUGACACAGUGGCUGACAAGAUCCACAGUGUGAGCAGGAAGCAUGGGGCUACCUUGGUGCACUGUGCUGCUGGGGUGAGUCGCUCGGCCACUCUCUGUAUCGCAUACCUGAUGAAAUACCACAAUGUGUGCUUGCUGGAGGCGUACAACUGGGUGAAAGCCCGAAGGCCUGUCAUCAGGCCCAACGUGGGCUUCUGGAGGCAGCUGAUAGACUAUGAGUGCCAGCUCUUUGGGAAGUCGACAGUUAAGAUGGUACAGACACCUUAUGGCGUCGUUCCAGAUGUUUAUGAGAAAGAGUCCCGACACCUGAUGCCUUACUGGGGGAUUUAAUGCCAGCACAGCCUGUAUCAGCAGCCCCCAAGCAGUACCAGCAUCUGCUACACAUGGUCUGCUUCCCUCUUCAUCUUUUCAAAUGGUUGACUUUUGGUUCUCCCUCAAGUGUUUUUACACUGGGUGUCUGAGUUUAUUUUAAGAAACAGGGAGGGGAAAUCCAUACAUUGCUAGUAACAUUUUUAAAACUGGCAUUUUGAAAUAGUGAUUAUGAAAAUCUUUAACUGGCCUUUAAUCAUUUUUAACAAUUGGAACAAUGUAGGAAACUGUUUCUCCUUUCUUCUGGCUCCUGUGCCUUUUGGCACCCUGGCAGGUGCAGGAGGAGCUCAGUGCAAAGAUCACUCUGGGCCCUGAUUAACCCUCUAGAGACCAGCUUUGCCCAAGGCUGCCAACCAGACAGCUGCUUAGGGAAAAUCAAGACCAGCUUCAGUCUACUGGAUUAGCCCAACUGUUUCUUUUCCUCUCUAUUACUUAGUGACUCUAUAUAAGUUAAAUUAACCUUUGUUAAUUUAGUUGAUAAGUAAUUAUAAUGAAAUCUGCUGCAAAAGCCCUCUUGAAAUCAGCGUGCCCCAGGAUUAUAUUAGCAUUAUUUUUAAUAAAUAUAUCUGCUUAACAAA